UGAAACAAAGCCAGUGUUUCUACAAACACAGACCACAGUUCAGUCACAUCAUCUCAGACACACACAGAUGCUGGUAAACAACAGAGAAACCAACAAAUUAUCAAACCAAAAAUUUGCACAAGAACUGAUUUGAGAUUUACAAAUAAAAUACAUUUUCCUUAAAAAAAAUAACAUCCCUAAAGCCAAGAGGAUCUUCACAUACAUUUUUUAGUAGCCAUGGCAAGCACUGGUCUUCAAAUGCUGGGUCUGGUUCUGGUCAUUGCGGGCUGGGCAUUUGAGAUCCUGGUUUGUGCCGUCCCCUGGUGGCGAGUGUCUGCAUUUGUAGGGGAUGAGCUUGUGGUGUCGCAGGUGUUGUGGGAGGGUCUAUGGAUGACCUGCCUAUCACAGUGGGGCCGUCUGCAGUGUAAAGUGUACGAUUCCGGCCUCGCCCUCUCAGGCUCCGCCCAGAUGUGCCGCACCCUCUGCGUGGUGUCCCUCCUUCUUUGCCUGCUAGCGCUCCCGCUAAUCAUCACCGGCCUAAAGUGUACGCGAUGCCUUGGCGAUGCACAAGAGUCUAAGUCUCGGCUGGUGAGAAUCGGGGCGAUAGUUUUCCUUGUGGCUGCUUUCUUCUUCCUUAUACCGAUCUCUUGGACCGCAUAUGUGGUGGUACGAGAUUUCUAUGACCCGAAUGUCGCUGCCGCACUCAAACGUGAACUCGGACCUGCCCUUUACCUGGGAUGGUGUGUGACUGUGCUGAUGCUGGUGGGAGGAGCUUUGCUUUAUUUGGGCUCCGCCUCCCCUGGAGUUCCACCCAUGCCUGCUUUUGGAAAAGGGGUGAAAGGAAAUCCUCCAUCCACAGGUACAGAAAGCAAACCAGACAAAGUAUUUGUAUAAGGGAGCAGCAGGAACUUCUGGAUAAACUGGGGUCGUACAUCUUUUUAAUUUAUCAUAUUUUGCUAAUGUCAAAGGUCGUGCAUCCAGUCAAUACAUUCAAUCUCUAUAAAGUUUUGGCACAAAUUCAUAUGUGCUCUUUGUAAUAACUAACAAUAUAUUAAUAAAUGGCAUAUGUGUUUGUUCAUAUGUUAAUAACAUGUUGUGUAUUUAUGAUUUUACAUUGUUAGACAGAUGGUCCUGUGUUUGUCUGCCCCUUGAUGGCCAAAAUAAAAUAAUUUAACAUUUUUAUUGAAACAGGAAAAGAAGAAUUGUUAUCUGUAAGAAAAUGAUUUGAUAUAAAGAUAUAAAGUGAUCUCUGUGUAACAGAUGGUUGGAUGUAAAUUGUUAAAACAUGAAGUGACAUCAGUCAAAAAUUAUUUCACUUAUGAACUUAGUUCCAGAUAAAUUAUACACACCAAAGGAUUAUUCACAAUAAGACCAGGACCAUUUAUUAAUAAUGCAAAGAUGUUUACUUUAAGAUCUGUUAUUGAAUUAUGGGUUGGUGCAUUUCAUGAAUUUUUUCGUGAAUGUUUUAUUCUUUAUUCAUUUCAACAAUUGUAAAAUAUUUAUUUAUUUAUAUUUUAAAGUGUGUAUUAUUUCUCUAAUAAAUCUAAUGAAACAAUGCAUUGUGGCAUGGAUCUG